AUGCCCGGACACCUGCAGGAGGGCUUCGGUUGCGUCGUCACCAACCGCUUCGACCAGCUCUUCGAUGACGAGUCCGACCCUUUCGAGGUGCUGCGCGCGGCGGAGAGCCGGAGGAAGGAGGCGCGCGGCCGGCGGCGGGAGCCAAGCGGGCGGGGUGGGCCCGCGCCGGCGGGCGCGCAGAGCGGCUCCUCCGCGCGGCUUAAGCAGCUGCGCAGGGAGUCGCAGAAGGAGCGCAAGAACCCGCUCCGCCCUUCGCCGCGGGACCGCCGGGAGACGGGGGCCAGCCCGGAGCGCCGCUGCGAAGGAGGGAUAAGGAGGAUUGGCAGGAGGCCUGAUCAGCAGCAGCAGCAGCAGCAGGGGGAUGGCAAACCCAUCGACCGGAGACCUGAACGACGACCUCCCCGGGAACGCCGCUUCGAGAAACCUGCCGAGGAGAAGGGAGAAGGGGGAGAGUUCUCUGUCGAUAAGCCCAUCAUUGACCGACCCAUGCGUGGACGUGGUGGACUGGGCCGGGGCCGUGGCCGCGGCCGCGGGAUGGGCCGAGGAGAUGGGUUUGACUCCCGUGGCAAACGGGAAUUUGACAGACACAGUGGCAGCGAUAGAUCUUCUGUUUCACAUUCACAUUUCAGCGGCCUAAAGCACGAGGACAAGCGCGGUGGCAGCGGCUCACACAACUGGGGAACCGUCAAAGACGAGCUCACUGAAUUGGAUCAGUCAGCUGUAACUGAGGAGACGCCGGAGGGAGAGGAGCAUCCGCCUGCUGAUUCUGAAAAUAAAGAGAAUGAGGUUGAAGAAGUUAAGGAAGAAGGCCCCAAGGAAAUGACCCUGGACGAGUGGAAAGCCAUUCAGAGCAAGGAUCGUGCAAAAGUUGAGUUCAACAUCCGUAAACCAAACGAGGGGGCUGAUGGACAAUGGAAAAAAGGAUUUGUUCUUCACAAGUCAAAGAGCGAGGAGGCUCAUGCUGAGGACUCUGUAAUGGAUCAUCACUUCCGCAAGCCCGCGAAUGACAUCACAUCCCAGCUGGAGAUCAACUUUGGAGACCUGGGCCGCCCCGGCCGCGGUGGCAGAGGGGGCCGGGGGGGCCGAGGGCGCGGAGGCAGGGCCAGCCGUGGAGGCAGGACUGACAAGUUGGUUAAGGAGUUUGACGUGAUCCACACGCCCAACCAGUCAAGUGCUUCUGCUCCUGACGUAGAUGACCCAGAGGCUUUCCCAGCUCUGUCCUAAACUGGAUGUCAUAAGCCAACCCUGCCCUGGUCGGGCUCUCCUCUCCGAGGCUUGCAUGCUUAAGGAUCCUAAAACAACUAAGAAACUUAAAAAAAACAAAACAAAACAAAAAAAAGAGACUGUCAUUCAUACCAUUCACACCUAAAGACUGAAUUUUAUCUGUUUUGAAAAUGAACUUCUCUCGCUACACAGAAGCAACAAUAUGGUAGUCAGUUUUGUAUUUAGAAAUGUAAUGGUAGCAGGGAUGUUUUCAUAAUUUUUUCAGAGAUUAUGCAUUCUUCAUGGAUACUUUUUUGUAUUGCUGCUUGAAAAUAUGCGUUUCCAAACUUGAAAUAUAGGUGUGAACAGUGUGUACCAGUUAAAAGCUUUCCCUUCAUUUGUGUUCAUUUUUUUAAUUCAGGAUUUUAGACUUUUUUCUCCCAACUCCAAACUGGGUUUUAAGUAUUGCACACUAUUUCCAUUUCCUUAAUUUCUGUUCAGCAGAUUUUUCUCAGCCCGUGGUCUUUUGGAAUAUGUGGAAUACGAAUUUGGCAGACUGUUAGUGCUGUAUGGAAUGAACUCCUGGAGUACUUUAGUUUUAAUGCUUAAUUUCAAACAUGGAAAACCAGUAAUUUUUCAUCUCUGUUAGGUAGUUUGUUUACA